UAUUAUUAUUUUAGGAAGAACAGCGAUGAAUUUAUCAAGAAUAUACCAAAAAUUUUAUGAUGGCCAUAAGCUCAACAAUUGGUUCAAAUACCAUAACAAAAAUCCGGUUACUUAUUUCUGUGAUACAUAUUUGAAAGAAGAAAACAGAGAGUUUUUUAAGGAUUUGACUGAAGGUAUAAAAAAAAAUACAACUUAAACUAUGUAUAAUACAAUUACCUACAUGUUAUAUUAUAUUAUAUAUCUCAUUAUAAAUACUCUAAUAAUUCAUAUUAUAAUAAAUUCGAUAUUUUCGACAAAAAAUAAUCCAACCAAUACCGUACCUAUGUUACUAAUAGUAGGUAGUAUAAAUUAUAAAUUAAUAAUAUAUUAUAUAUUAUAAUCCUAAUUCAUACUUAAUAAUAAAGGUUUGUCUGUCUCA